AUGUCUCCUAAAAGAGACACCCAAAGAAACUUCUUGAUGAUUGCCAAUUUGCUUACAAAUCCCGAUCAAAGAAGCGAAGGAAGCUAUGGAUGGUAUCAGGAACAAUUAGAGCUUAAUAACAAUUUGGGAAAGGUUAAAUUUAGUGAUAAGGUGAUGGUUAGAUUUGGAUUUCAAGAAACCUCUGUAACAGGUAAAGAUAUGUUCCACUAUUUCAGAACAUUUAAUACUAAAGAGAAAUGCCCAAGACAACAUUCUUGUGAAGUAUUUGUUGAUACAGUAGCAGGUGAAAUUAUCAAUAAUAAGGGAAUUAACUUGGAUGCUGUUUUAGUGCACUACAACUACAAGCCACCAUUUUUCCUGUCUUCACUCAAGGAGCAAACAAGAAACAUUGACAUGCUUCAUACAAUUAUUAAUGGGCCUAGACAUGAACUAAACGAGAAAACAAUUAUUGAGCAUUCUAAUGCUGUAGAUAAUAUUUAUGGAGAAUCAAUGUGGAGAGGAAUGAGGAGAUUAUCAUUAUUUAUGUGUAGUGAAGCUGUAAUGGCAAGAAAUAUUCAACCACUUAUCCAAAAGAAGGGCGAAAAACAAUCAAUGCAAAAUUUUUCAGAAUCUCCAGCUGAUAUUAGUAUAUGUUUCCUUAAAACAUGCACUGUUUGGGUUAACUGUUUAUAUUACCCAAUUGAAAUUAUCAAGACAGGGCUUUUUGGAAAAAAACCACUUGCCAAAAAUAAGGGAGUUUGUGCGUUUAUUUCUAAUUGUCACAAUGGAGAUUUAGCCAAAUCUAGAUAUCAAUUAUUAACCAAGCUCUCCGAAUAUGUACCAAUUCAUCAAUAUGGAGCUUGUGGAAAGAACAUACAGGAAGGCCACGGAGGGAAGCAAUUUGAAUUGGAUAAUAAUUGUAGAUUCUAUUUUGCUGUUGAAAAUUCUAUGGUAACAGAUUACGUGAGUGAGAAGUUCUUUGAAGGAUUGAAAGCUUUACAAAACGGAGCCAAGCUUAUGAUGAUUUAUAAGGGGGCUCCUAACUUCAAAGAAUGGAAUUUCCCUCCAAAUUCUUUUAUUAAUAUUGAUGAUUUUGAAUCUCCAGAAAAAUUAGGUGAAUAUUUGAAAUCUAUCAAUGAUGAUGAGGCAUUUGAAAAAAGAUUCAAUCAAAUUACAUUGUCAGAUCAAAAACACAUCGAUAAAGCAGUGAGGGAUCUUGAUUAUAGACUGGGUCAAAAUAUCCCUUGUAGAAUUUGCAAGUCAAUUGGUGAAAUGAAGUUGGCAAGAUAUUUACUCUUCAAAAUUGGCUUAAAACCUGAAAAUAAUAAGGUAAAUUAUGAUGAAUGGAGUGAUUUUAGAAGAAACUUUGAGUCUCUUGGUAAGGAAAGAUUGAAGAUUUUGGAUAGAAUGUACUAUAUGGCCUAUAGUAUCUUCCAAGAAAAGGAAAACUAUAAAAACAUAUUUAAUCUUGGGUGGGAGUUUAAUAAAAAGGGAUAA